CAUUAGGAAUAUUACAGAAGAUGGCAACAAUAGGAACAUCAAUGGCUUCUUCAAUCAUCAUCUCUUUAGUAGUUCUGCUAUCUCUUACUUUUCCUUUUCAAGCAAUAGCAAGUCGUUAUUUGUAUGAUACACCACCAACCCCAUCUUACACACCUCCACCAGUUUACACGACUCCCACCCCGGCUUACACGCCUCCACCAGUUUACACGCCUCCCACCCCAGCUUACACGCCUCCACCAAUUUACACGACUCCUCCUACCCCAGCUUACACGCCUCCACCAGUUUACACACCUGCUCCAACCCCAUCUUACACGGCUCCACCAGUUUACACGCCUGCUCCAACCCCAGCUUACACUGCUCCCACGCCUGCUCCCACCCCAUCUUACACGCCUCCACCAGUUUACACGCCUCCUCCGACACCAUCUUACACGCCUCCACCAGUUUACGCGCCUCCUCCUACACCAGUUUACACGCCUCCACCAGUAUACUCCCCUCCUCCCACACCAGCUUACACGCCUCCUCCCACACCAGCGUACACGCCUCCUCCUACCCUGGCUUACACGCCUCCACCAGUUUACGUGCCUCCUUCCACCCCGGCUUAGUCGCCACCAGAAGUUUACAUGCCUCCUCCCACACCAGCUUACACGCCUCCACCCUCCAUCUACUAAGAACAAGUCACCACCACCACUUGCCCACUUCAGUUUGUUUUCAAGUAUGAAACACCUCCUCUCACCUCUUACAUAUAGAUCACCUCCUCAUUACCCUUGAAAAUUAUAUACUUGAAUAAAUAAUGUUCGAUGCAUCUCAAUAUAGAUGUUUAGUUUAAUAAAGAGUAAAUGUGUAUGUAAAUGUCAUGCAAAAUCCUGUAACUUCGAGGUUUGAAAAUUAUGUGAUUUAUAUUUAUAUUUUGUUAGAAUUUGAAUUAGAUCAUAUUUGCUAUAUAUUGAAUAAGAAAGAGAAAUCAUCCUGAGUGAAUUUUCAGACA